UUCUAAGGAUCAUGUCUGCGAGUCAAGAUCCCCGAUCCAGAGACAAUGGCCCCGAUGGAAUGGAGCCUGAAGGCGUCAUCGAGAGUAACUGGAAUGAGAUCGUUGACAGCUUUGAUGACAUGAACCUCUCAGAGUCCCUCCUCCGCGGCAUCUAUGCCUAUGGUUUUGAGAAGCCCUCUGCCAUCCAGCAGCGAGCCAUUCUUCCUUGUAUCAAGGGUUAUGAUGUGAUCGCUCAAGCCCAAUCUGGGACAGGAAAAACAGCCACUUUUGCCAUAUCGAUUCUGCAACAGAUUGAAUUGGAUCUAAAGGCCACUCAGGCCUUGGUCCUGGCACCUACUAGAGAAUUGGCACAGCAGAUACAGAAGGUAGUCAUGGCUUUAGGAGAUUACAUGGGUGCCUCCUGCCAUGCCUGCAUUGGUGGUACCAACGUGCGUGCAGAGGUGCAGAAGCUGCAGAUGGAAGCUCCCCAUAUCAUCGUGGGCACCCCAGGACGUGUGUUUGACAUGCUUAAUCGCAGAUACCUGUCUCCCAAAUACAUCAAGAUGUUUGUACUGGAUGAAGCUGAUGAAAUGUUAAGCCGUGGGUUCAAGGACCAGAUCUAUGACAUAUUCCAAAAGCUCAACAGCAACACCCAGGUGGUAUUGCUGUCGGCUACAAUGCCUUCCGAUGUGCUUGAGGUGACCAAGAAGUUCAUGAGGGACCCCAUUCGGAUUCUUGUCAAGAAGGAAGAGUUGACUCUGGAGGGUAUCCGUCAAUUCUACAUCAAUGUGGAAAGAGAGGAGUGGAAGCUGGACACAUUGUGUGACUUAUAUGAAACCCUCACCAUCACCCAGGCAGUCAUCUUCAUCAACACGCGAAGAAAGGUUGAUUGGCUCACUGAGAAGAUGCACGCCCGAGACUUCACCGUCUCUGCCAUGCAUGGAGAUAUGGACCAAAAGGAACGAGAUGUAAUCAUGAGGGAGUUCCGCUCUGGCUCUAGCAGAGUAUUGAUUACCACUGACCUGCUGGCCAGAGGCAUUGAUGUGCAGCAGGUUUCUUUAGUCAUCAACUAUGACCUUCCCACCAACAGGGAAAACUAUAUCCACAGAAUCGGUCGGGGUGGACGUUUUGGCCGUAAGGGUGUGGCUAUUAACAUGGUGACAGAAGAAGACAAGAGGACUCUUCGAGACAUUGAGACCUUCUACAACACCUCCAUCGAGGAGAUGCCCCUCAAUGUUGCUGACCUCAUCUGAGGGGGGCUGGCCUGCUGCCUCAUCCCAGCCAGGGUUCUCAGUCCUGGGCAGGCUGAGGAGGAGCAGGAGGG